AUGAAAAAGACGAGAUUCUUAUUCUAGUUUUCCAUAAAAGAAGCUCAACAUCAGGAGGACAAGAGGAUUGAGUUAGAAGCCAUGAAUAAUGUCGAAAAAGAAAUACAACAGUUCGAGAACAGUGAGUAAAUUUAUAGAAUAAGUAGCGUAUGGAAAAUGAAGCCUCUCAAGAUUAUUCAAAAAAUAGCUAUUUUUAUCACAAAAAUGAAACACUUUUCCCCUAUUUAUAGAUUUAAGAUUUUGAACAAGAAUAUAUUUUACCUGAUUAGGGAUCGAACUAGUUCAUUUUAAUAUUACCUAUAUAGUCGACUGUUAGAAAAUCAGCCUACAAGGUUUGGUGAAAUCAAGUACGAAGCCAAAUUAAUGAAUGCAAUUUGGUGGAGACUAUGGUCAUUCCUUAAAAGUAAUCAAACUGUAUUAUUACCUGCUGACAAAUUUCUAUUUGUGUGGGAUGUCAUCUUAAUGUUUGUGACGAUUGUGAAUAUAUUGUAUGUUCCCUUCUAGUUGUCAUUCGAUUUGGGCAAGGAAGAAAUUGGAAAUGCUUACUUAUUGUUUAGUACUCAUCACCCGUUUGCAUAUUUUUAAUCGAAUUAAUCUUGA